GUGUUUGGCGUGCAUACUCCCGAGCAUGAAUUUGUGAAUACAUGACAGUUUUGGCGACGAGGAUGGGAUCCCUAAGGAGGGGAUACCUAAGGGAGUAUUUUGGAACUGUUUACUUAAUGUGGUAAUUCAGGAAAAGUGACAGAACGAACAAAUCAGAUACGGCUUUGCGUGAUUGCGCGCCAUGUGACAUUCGUUCUUUCGGAAGGAAAAUAGUGAAGCCAGUGAAAAUAUUGGAAUAUCACACAUAAUGAAGCCAGUGAUAAUAUUGGAAUAUCACACAUUCCUAGGUUGGACAGUAACCUAUUUCACGUUAAAUGAACGGUGUUAGUGCUAAGUAACACGACCCAAGUUUAUCGAAGCGACAAACUGGGCUGACCCGAAUUCUCCGGAUUUUAAAAGCGGAAGUGACGAGUCACGUGAUACAAGAUGGCCGCGCCCAUGGUAGGAUCGGUGAGCGAGUUUACCCCCGGCAAAGAAGACUGGGAAAGCUACCAGAAACGACUGGAAAUAUGGAUGAAGCUAACAAGUUCAAGGCAGAAGAUCGUGCAAACGUAUUCUUGGCAACUAUCGGACCAAGUGCCUUUGAACUGUUAGUGUCUAUGUUUUCGCCGACCGACAUUGCCGAUGUUCAGUACAACGAUCUUACAGAAGCAUUGAAACGUUACUCAAACCAGUACGCAAUGUUAUUUGGGAACGGCAAGCUUUCACGGAACGGAAACAGAAUCAAGGUGAAUCAGUACAAUAAUAUAAUAUAAGAGAUGUACAAGAGACAAUUCGAUAAGAUACCCUUAUCUUCCACAAAAGUGACCCUUCACGAUUACUCAGAAAAGGUAAUACCAUUACUUGGAGAAGCCAAGAUAACCGUGGUAUACAAUGAGAAAGAAUUCACCCUACCAUUACUUGUUGCAAGGGGGACACAGGGCACCUUUAUUCGGAAGAAACUGGAUGUCAGUCAUGAAGUUAGACUGGGGAAAGUUAUGUGCAGUAACUGAACAGUGUAGCUCACUGAAAGAAGAACUGAAAGCCAAGUACAGUUCAGUAUUCCAAGGUAGAGGUAUUAUCAAGACCUUUAAAGAAGAUAUCAAGGUUAAAGCAGAUGCCAACCCAAAGUUCUUUAAAGCACGUCCUGUACCUUAUGCCCUAAGAGAUGCAGUGGAAACAGAGCUUGACAGACUUGAACGUGAAGGAAUCAUUAAAAAGGUUGAGAAAUCUGAUUGGGCGACGCCAGUGGUGGUAGUUCUCAAAGCAAAUAUGACGGUAAGACUAUGUGGGGACUAUAAGGUGACAGUCACUCGGUACUGGAGGAUAAUGUGUACCCCCUGCCAACAGCAGAAGAUUUAUUCGCAAAGAUUGGCGGAGUCAAAGUCUUCACGAAGUUGGACUUGUCAAAUGCAUACCUUCAGCUAGAACUUACAGAUCGGUCAAAACCACUACUAGUGAUCAACACCAAUAAAGGUCUCACUGCUCCUUCCAUAUUUCAGUCUAUAAUGGAUCAGGUAUUACAAGGCAUACCUAGAGCUGAGUCAUUGCUGGAUGAUAUAUUGAUAGGGACUGUGACAGAUGACCAGCAUGACAAGGUGCUUCAUGAAGUGCUGAAACGUCUGGAUACCUAUGGCAUUAAAGUGAACUUAAGACAAGUGCAAGUUCAAGGCACCCAGAGUGGAAUAUCUGGGACACUGCAUCGAUGGGGAUGGACUACAUCCACUUGCAGACAAGAUAAAGGCCAUUGCUGAAGCUCCACAUCCAGAACACAUCACACAGCUAAGAGCUUUCUUGGGAAUUAUCAAUUCGGCUUUCCGAAAAGUCAAGUUCAAUGAGAGUUAUCCGUCUUGAGUUGGAACUCUUCGGAUGAACUUCCGCCGAGUACUGACAACUUCCGUCGAAAAUAGCGCGCUGCUUCGAAGCUGUCAAAAUGGGGAAGCAAUACUGCUGUAUUUAUAGCAAUUUUAGGGGAAAGAGAGUCGGUGAAAGAAUAGUAUCUCUACACGUCAUUCCAGUAAGCAAGUCCCUACGACAAGCGUGGAUAAGGCGACUUCGGUUUGUGAGAAAAGACCUCACAGUGACCAAGCACACGGAAAUAUGCUCAGAACAUUUCCUGGGUGGUAACGGCCUAGGCAUAGGGCAUGAUGUUCCAUCGAUUUUUCCGAAGAAAAAUUACAGUACUUGCACAGUGUCUGAUGCUGACUUUGUUGAUACCCCUAAGCCAAAUGAAAGCCCAUUCAAGCAGGCCUGUGACCCUGAAUCUCCCAAAGUGACUAUGCAGAUACAUGGAGGGACUCCUCAGUCUGAUGAAAUUGAACAUCAUUCCACAACAUUCAGUCAAGGUGCCAGAUCCUAUGACGUUGCAUCAAUUAUGCUGCAUGACUACUGUGUGGCUGUGUUUGAAGACGAUAUCAGUUGCAUAAGAUAUGGAUCAUCGCAAACAGAAAUGGUGGAAGUUAGAAGCAUGUCUACUCAAACUGACGAUGUAAUGUUCCAGUGUUUGAAUCCUGUGAAAACAUCCUGUGCAAUGACUCAGACUGAGACUGAAAAUAAAAAAAGUCUUUCGCAAUCAAGCCACUCAAGUCAAGCUUCCUGAUUUAACAUUUUUUUAUGUGAAGAAUGAUUCAGAAUUGGUAACCUAUUAUACAGGUCUUGUGGAUGCAGAAAAGUUUUCAUGUUUAUUUGAGUUUUCUGAGGUUCAUGACAGGGACUAUCCAACAUCCAAUAUCGGGCGCCCUAAAUCUUUGUCUUUGAUAGACGAGUUCUUUCUAGUGUUGAUGCGUCUUAGACUUGGACUCCUAGUUGUUGAUUUAUCAAAGCGAUUUAAUAUUUCCAGAAGCUGCUGUGCUGAUGUCAUUAAUAGAUGGAUUGAUAUUUUGUACAACAAUUUAUCCUUCCUAGUUGUCUGGCCAUUAAUGGAUACUAUUAAUACAACUAUGCCUCAAGGUUUUAAAGACCUGUAUCCAAAUACAAGGGUUGUUAUAGAUUGUACAGAAUUAUUUACAGAAAAACCUUACUCUAUUGGUAAACAGUCACAAAUGUACAGUCAUUAUAAAAGUCACAUAACAUUUAAA